AACGUAGUCGAUUUAGCGAACGAUAUACAUCUAUCACAAUUCCAACCCAGGUAUUAAUCGUAAAACAUCGACCCGAAUUCCCCAAUAAUAUCAUGUUAGGGUUGGAUUGGUUCACCGGUCGAAAAUAUGAUGAUGAAAAGCUCCAGACAUAUAGAGCAGAAAUUGUAACUGACGCGGAGGAUGGUUGGCAAAAUAAAAGCAAGAAAAAUAAGGACAAGUAUUCCAUUAUAGAAUCGGAACCAGAUACUAAUUCUGAUACUUCUGAAUCGAGCACUCCUUCUAGUUCGGGAUCAGAAGAUAAGCACAUAUAUAAAACUGUGGCUGUUAUACAUCCGAAGCGAUGUCGCAAAGUAAAAAAGAAAAAUUAA